GGCGUUAGCAACUCUUUAGGAAAGCCGCUCGAGCCAUGAAAUAUGGACAGUUGGCGUUCCAGAAUAUCUGAAAGAGUUGACCAGCUACGAAAGGAACUUUCUGCUGAAGAACUACCUCAAUACAGGACUGUUGAUGGGAAUGACUAUCCCUGGCAAAAAUCUCCUGCUGGUACAGAUGCCACGCUGCAGCGCUUCAUUGUAGCUCGGAAGGGUGACGUGUUUGCAGCAAAGAAACAAUUUAUUGAGAACUUGCAGUGGCGAUCUAGUGUUUUUCCAAUUCCGCGAGAAGGCUUGACAGCCAAGCUUCUGGAUGAAGAAGUUCGUUUUCGCUCACUGCGGCGGGACCCUGACGGGUGUCCAAUCCUUCUUGUCAACUUCCUUUUUGGUGAGUUUGAAACAGCAGAGAUUUCUCAGGUUGCCUUGGUCUUGGCAUCUAUUCGUUUCUUUGAAGAUACCAUUGACUCUAUGGAAGAGCAUGGUGUACAUCAGAUUUCUGCCAUCGUGUUUGGCAGCCCUCCACCAGUUGCCUGGGCACAUGUUAUGGUCAAGGUGUUUCAGAAUAACUAUCCCGAGAGACUGAAAGUUGCAGUCGUCUAUCCAGUCCCAUCCUCCUUCGCCGCUUUGGUUCGCCAAGUUAUGUGGUUUGUGGAUGAGAACACACGAUCGAAAGUGGACAUGGAGACUGACGAGCAACCACUGUUGUGUCGCUUUGGCUAUAGAUCAGAAGAUUUGCCUCCGGAGAUCCAGGGAGGUUACAUUGGUGUGGGCGAACGAUGGAAACCAGAUCGUAGGAAGAUUUUGGGGCUUGCCUAUUCUUUUUUGCUGCCCCAUGGGCGACAGGUUGCUCAGUUGGAACAGGACCUUGUUCGGUCAGCCAGAAAAGCGAGUGCCUCUGCCCCUUCCCCAUUGGCGAGAAAUGGAAGAGAGUUGAACGACUCGUUUGAGAACGACCUGUCAUCUUGGCUAUUCGCUUGUUGUUUGCAGAAGCCUCAAGGUCAUUCCACAGAAAACUCACCAGACGAAUUUCUUGAUCCGUUUGAGCAAGUAGAGGAGCCCGAGCCUGUUUGUGAUUCACAGGCCACCAACAGCACUUUGUCAUGCUUGUGGUGGUUUGGCUCCUUCUUUUGCUUGGCAUUGAUUUUACUCGUGUUUCUUUUGAACACCAAGCAGAGGAUCUCCCUCGAGCUUUGAUUGCUUAUAUAUCCUGGAAAAAAGA